CCUCCCCCCAGCGCCCAGGAGCUGGCCCAGGAGGUGAAGGCUUUCCUGAGCGGGGUGGACCCUGUGCAGGGGACGAAGCUGUCGCUGAAGGACCACGCUCGUUGCGCCCUCCUCCUCCUCCGCUGCCUCCCCCCGGCCCGACACGCCGCCCUGGAGCACCUCCGCCUCCUCUUCGACGAGCAGGUCUGCUCCCACCUCCUCCAGAGGGAAAAUUUGGGGGGGGGAUCCCCUCAUUUCAACCGCCCAAGCAGCGGAGGGACCACCCUUCCACCCGGGGGUGGUGGUGGUGGGGGUGGGGGGUCAGGUUUGGAAGAAGUGGUGCAAGAAGUACAAAAGGUUUUGGGGGAAUUCGUGAGGGCCAACCCCAAAUCUUGGGCCCCGCUGGUCUCGGCCUGGUCCAUCGAGCUGAUGGGGCAGUUGAGCAGCAAAUAUUCGGGGCGUCACGGGGUGCCCCAAGCGUCGAGUCUGAACGAGCUGCUGCAGCUCUGGAUGUCGUGCGAAGCCACCCGCAGCCUGAUGGAGAUUUAUACCCAGUGUCUGUCCGCCAUGAUCGGGGGGGGGCCCGACGCCUGCGUGGACGCCCUCCUGGACACCUCCCUCCAACACUCCCCCCAUUUCGACUGGGUGGUGGCUCACAUCGGCUCCUCCUUCCCCUCCACCAUCAUCAACCGCGUCCUCUCCUGCGGCCUCAAGGACUUCUGCGCCCACGGGGGGGUCGGUGGAGGGACGGGGGGGUCUUCCACCACGACGGGGGACCCUCUUUUCGUCGCCUCUCUCCCCCCUCAACCGGAAAAACGGCCCCCCAAAAUCGCCUCGGUGGUGGGGAUUUUAGGCCAUUUGGCUUCUCGUCACUCCGGGAGCAUCAAGCAAGAGCUUUUGAGGAUGUUUCAUCAAAGUUUGGGGGCGGGGGGGGGAAGGGAGCAGCAGCAAAAAGCCACGGUCCCUUUCCUCCUCCAGCUGGCCCUCAUGUCCCCCCCCCUCUUGGCCACCGUCACCCCCGAAUUGGUGGAUUCCCUCAAACCCCCCCUCCUCAACCAGCUCCACCAACACUUCGCCCCCCUCCCCCGGGAGGAGCUGGAUCACAUGUUGGGGGUGGUGGUUCACCUCCUUUCCCAAACUUCGGCGGGGGCUUAUCGAAUUUUACAAUUUUUGGUCAAUACGGCCACCCCGGCUUCCGUUAUCACCCCCCCGAUCUGCCGGCUUUUUCGGCAGCACCCCCUCCUCUUCCCCCUCCUGCGCUUGGUGGCCGCCGGGCCCCCGGCUCUUUGUUACUGCUCCCCCCUCCUGAGGGGGUUACUGGGAAGUCUGGUGGCUUACUGGGAAUCCUGCCGGGAUACUGGGACCACCAGUUCCCCCUGGCACCUCCAGGCAUCCUGCUCUUUGGUGGCCGCCAUGGCCGAGGGGUCCCUUUUGCCCCCCGUUUUGGGGGACAUGCACGAGCUCUUCCCCCACUUGGCCCCUUUCGAGGUUCACCUCCUCCUCCUCAGCCUCUGGGAAUAUUUAAGGGAAAACGCCCCCCUCCCCCAAAAAUUCACUUUUCAAACCCAAAAGGGACUUUUCCGAAGGGAUUUCGCCCGAGACGGGGACGUGGGGAAACACCUGGGGGUCCUGCACAGCGUCCUCCACAAAAACAUCCACCGCCUGGGGCUGCUGGCUGCCAGGUUUCGA